GCAGACUAAGUUCAAUUUCUAGUUUCUUGAAUGAACUCGAAUGUUGAUCAUGAGCCAAAAAUCCAGCCUUGUCCACAUCCACAUCCAAAAAUGAUGUAAUAUGUUUGUGCUCAAAUGUUACGUCUGAGUUGCUACUUUCGUUGGUCAAUUGCCAUUUCCACUUGCAUUUUCAUGGAAAACUUGUUUCAGGAGGACCAAGGCAUUUCUUUUGCCAAGCCAGUUGUGUGUGGAAAGUGAGUAACUCCACACCGGAUCAGUAGCAAUUGUGGCUUCAAGGUGGCCACAUCAUGGACAACUCUGCAGUGGAGAUAGUGGAAGACCAGACGGACAUAUACCAAGAUGCUGUGGUCUUUAUAACGGGAGCAACUGGGUUUGUGGGGAAAACUCUGCUGGAGAAGCUGCUCUGGAGUUUCCCGCAGAUCAAGCGCAUCUACAUGCUGAUACGACCCAAGGGCGGAGUCACAGUGGAGGAACGUUUUCGGGGAUUCCUUCAGAAUCCCAUCUUUGAGCGCCUGAGAGCUGAUUAUCCAGAAGGGCUAAAGAAAAUCUUUUACUUCUCUGGCAACAUUGAGGACGACAACUUUGGUUUAAAUGAGUCCGACAGAGCUGUUUUGUGUGGCGAGGUGAACAUUAUUUUUCACAGUGCAGCAACGGUGCGCUUUAAUGAGUGUUUAAAAGUCUCAGCUCGUGUCAAUUCCCAGGCCACCUACAACCUUCUAGAGCUUGGCAGGGGCAUGACUCAGUUAAGGAGUUUUCUGUAUGUUUCCACGGCUUACUGCAAUCCUGGUCGCAAGUAUGUGGAUGAGCAAGUGUAUCCUACAAUGCCUCCGGUGGAUUGGCGUCAGUUCCUUACAGCCACCCAGAAAAUACCCGAUGACUAUUUGAAUCGCCUGGCUGACUAUAUAAAGGGUCCACACGUCAACACCUACACCUUCACCAAAUCCAUAGCCGAGCAGAUUGUCAAUGCUUAUAAGGAUGUGAUUCCCAUAGUGAUUGUGAGACCUUCGAUAGUCACAGCUGCCUAUAGGGAACCUUAUCCAGGUUGGAUUGACAAUAUCCAGGCAAUUAGUGGGAUAAUGAUGGAGAUUGGCAAAGGCGGUAUCAGUAGUAUUCUGGGAGACAAAGAUCUAAUAUGUGACAUCAUCCCAGUGGACUUUGUGGUCAAUGCCAUGAUCAUGAUGGUCAGCAAGGCGAAAUUGGGAAGUGUGAGCAUUUGUAACGCCACCUCAGGAGUGACCAAUCCCAUCACCUGGCAGCAUCUUGGGGAACUCACCAUGAAGUGGGCUAGGAUUUAUCCCACAAGAAAGAUGAUUAUGUUUCCAAAUUUCAAGUACAGAUGUAGUGCCCUGAAACAUGAGAUGGCAGUGUGGUUGCUCCAUUUUGUGCCCGCCUUGCUAAUGGAUUUUCAAACCCUUUUGUUGGCCCAAAAGAAGCGACUGGUUACACCCAUUGCCAAGAAGUUUCGGCAGGCUUGUCUAGCAGGUAGCUUUUUCUCGCUGAACGAAUGGAUCUUCAAGAACAAAAGCCGCUUUUACUUCAAGGAAGUGAUUGAAAAUGGCACUUAUCCCACUUUGUAUUGGAAUCUGGAGGAGCUGGACUACGAUGAUUAUGUACGGCGUCAUAUGAUUGGAAUCAAUAAGUACCUGCAUCGGGAAAAGUUCACUGUGGACUCCAACAAGUUUAUGGUGACAAGAAUUUACUGGUUCUGGAUUUUCCUGCAUUUGAUUUUCUACAUGAUGGUUAUCUAUAUGUUGUUUUAG